AUGUCAGAGCCAGACAACGUGAGGCUCCGGUUUGACUCGAGUGUCUAUGGAACAGCUGAAGAUCCUUUUCUUCAGGAUGAAGACAAAAUUCCAAUUGCAGAUCUCAUUCCAAGGAUCUUGAUGGAAAGAGAGUCUUUCCUCAAUCUCACUGAGGAGCAGUUGGAGUUAGAAAUUGCAGAAAAGAAUAACAAUUCAGAGCCAAAUGAAGAAGAGGCCGUUACAGCUGACGCCCAGGAGACGUCAACAUCAGCUUCACAGCUUUUCCUGAAACAAAAAUACGAACUUCUAAGUCACAUCAACUUCGCCAUGAACGAAACAUCUCUUUCGCUAGACUUCGUGUCUUUGCUCAUGUCCGCUGUGAAACCAACCAUCACAAAAUCUACCAUCUCCCCCCAUCUAAGCAAAAUUGCUCCAUUGGGCUCGUUGAACUCUGAUAGACUUGUUCAGGACGCCGAUGAUCAGCAGCAGCUGGAUGCGAAAGUUUCCAGUAGAUCAAAAGCCGAGAGCAUCGGUCUUGGCUGGAAAUACCAGUCCUUGAACCACAUUAAAUCGUUGUUUGAGUCCGCUGGUGACCUGUUAAGACAACAAGUGGAUAUCGAGCGCACAUACUGGAAUAUGAUCAACGAGGUGUUGAGUCAUGACGAAGUGCUCUUUAGAGUAAGAGAUCCUCUCACAGGGACUCGUGCCAUUGGAGUAAAAUACGGUUAUGGAGACUCUGGCUCGAGCUAUUUUGACCAGGGACUUGCUGUACUCCGCAAGGACGAGCAAACGGGAGAACUCAGCUUCAGUCCUAUCAUGACAGGCAAUCACAAGCUUAGCAUCAAGUCGAAUAAGUUCACGCGAGUGAAGAUUCUUAGUAAGUUUGACGAUGAUUACAUGUUGACUGGCCAGUCCGUUUUCGACAAAAGUGCCUUGGAAGACAAGAGUCCGCACAGAAUUAUAAACGAGAUAGAGAAGGCUCGAUAUUUCCUUUUUGAAGAUGAUCUACUAUAUCAUCUCAUAAGGGAGGCAAAGUACCUCAUCAACUACAACGUGUCCAUCAUCGCGAACAAGAUUGUUAUUGAGAUUCACGACAUGGUUAUUGAGAUUGAGUCAGUCAUUUUUGAUGAGAACAACGAGGAGGAGCUUGAGAACGCUUAUCAGAACAUCAACAAGGAAUCAUCGAGAAACAAUGAAAAAGCACAAGCAAUAUUGAUUUUCCUCAAACUCAUGUUGUGCUGUUACUACAAAUACAAUCUUGAAUUAAAACAGAAAAUCCCAACGUCGUUUACGAAAUGGAAACAAAACAAUUCGCAUCCGUUGAUUCUUCGACCCCUUAUAGGACAUAUCAGACAUGAAAUCAACGUUAGAAACAUGCAAACCAUCAUCCACAAGAUAUACAAAAAGCUCGACGAGCAAAAGUUUUCGUAUGAGAUUAUCGAGGACAAAUACAGCAAUCUCAAAAAGAGUGAACCAGUUAAGAAUCCAUUUCUAAAAGCAGUCGAGAAACCGCUUUCGAAAUUUAAAGUUAUACUACAGAAGCUCCUGAGCAAGGAGCAUUUAUUGGUUGAGGUUGACGUCACUUCCGGUGAUAUUUUUGUCAACUUAAUCGUCGAAUUGACCGUUUCUAAAUACGCUAGCAAGGAGGACCUUGAGCAGAACCAGCAAGGAGCCAACGUUCUCCAAUUGACAUUCACAGAUAUAUUUGAAGUGGAGGAGAGCUUGAACUGGACAGUGCAUAACUUCACGCAAAGUUAG